AUGGUAUAUUGCGACAACUGGGAGACAUUCGAGAAGGCAGCAGCAAGCAUAUACGCCAGCGCCCCCGACGUUGCCCGCUAUACUAUUAAAUACCGCAACUGCGACGCUGCCCUUGUCCUCAAGGUCACCGACAAUGCGACGUGCGUGCAGUUGCGCACGGAGAAGCUCGAUGAUAUCAAGAAGAUAGCUCAUCUUCACCGGAUACUCGCACAGACCACAUCGAAUCGAUCGGCAGCCAUAAAGGAGCUUGCACCAGUUUUCCCCGAGGCCCCCAAAGAGAAGACCAAACCUGCCGCCAGCGCAGGCACUGAGCAGCAGUCAGCGGCGGCACAGGGAAAGAAUAAGGCGCGGGGAAAGAAGAGAAUUUGA